CAAAUCACACCAAAAUCAAAAUCCAAAUCCAAAUCCAAAUCCAAAUCCAAUUCAAAGAGGAAAAGCAAAAAUGUCAGGAAGAGGAAAGGGAGGGAAGGGAUUGGGAAAGGGAGGAGCAAAGCGACAUCGUAAGGUUCUAAGAGAUAACAUCCAAGGCAUCACGAAGCCUGCUAUUCGUCGUCUGGCUAGGCGUGGUGGUGUGAAGCGUAUUAGUGGGUUAAUCUAUGAAGAGACAAGAGGUGUGCUCAAGAUCUUUUUGGAGAAUGUGAUUCGUGACGCGGUGACUUACACAGAGCAUGCCCGUAGGAAAACUGUUACUGCAAUGGAUGUUGUUUAUGCUUUGAAAAGGCAGGGCCGAACACUCUAUGGUUUCGGUGGUUAAUUUCUUCAUUAUAUAUAUAUGUUUGGAGUUUGUUAGUGUUGCUUGCGUUAAUUGACAUGUGACCUUUAAUGAAACGAAGUUAAAUGUUUUAA